AUGUCCAAGAAUGCGAGGCGAGACGAGACGAGGGGUGCAAGUGCGAGGCUCGGCCAAAAGAUGACGCUUGAAGGUGGGCAUGAGCCGGAAAGGCGAAAUGUUUCAUGUGCUUCGGGCUGCGUUGGCUGCGUAGGGAACUCCCUGAAGAAUUGGUGGGAGAUGAGGCGGUGCGUAUGGCACUGGCGGGGGGCCCUCCGAUAUGCGAGUCCCAGAUAUUCUGUAUGGAGUACGCUGUAUCUGUAUAGGCGUAUGGGACCCUGGGGAAACUUCUUCGACGACGACGAGUGUUCAAUGCGUGUGGCACUGGGUAGAGGGAAAAGAUGGGAGAGAAGAGGUCAACCAUGUUUGGUGGGGUGA